CUGGCGCAAGCUAGGGGUGGGGAAGCCCCGGGGCGCUGCCGCCUCUUCCCCAACCUCAAGUCAGUCGGACAGGACAGGCGGGGUGGCCGGCAGUUGAAUGUGCAUUCAGACUCCCUGCACUUUGCUAUCACACAGCCCGGGUUCCCGAGCGGCAGAAAGUUCCGGGCAACCCUAGGGUGAAGCCAGGACCGCGCCGCCCCCCACCGGAAUAUGGAGCUACUGUCACCGCCGCUCCGCGACGUAGACUUGACGGGCCCCGACGGCUCUCUCUGCUCCUUUGCCACAGCGGAUGACUUCUAUGACGACCCGUGUUUCGACUCCCCGGACCUGCGCUUCUUCGAGGAUCUGGACCCGCGCCUGGUGCACGUGGGCGCACUCCUGAAGCCCGAGGAGCACUCGCAUUUCCCUGCGGCCGUGCACCCGGCCCCCGGCGCGCGUGAGGACGAGCAUGUGCGCGCGCCCAGCGGGCACCACCAGGCGGGCCGCUGCCUACUGUGGGCCUGCAAGGCGUGCAAGCGCAAGACUACCAACGCGGACCGCCGCAAGGCUGCCACCAUGCGCGAGCGACGCCGCCUGAGCAAAGUUAAUGAGGCCUUCGAGACGCUCAAGCGCUGCACGUCGAGCAACCCUAACCAGCGGUUGCCCAAGGUAGAGAUCCUGCGCAACGCCAUCCGCUAUAUCGAGAGCCUGCAGGCUCUUCUGCGUGACCAGGACUCCGCGCCCGCUGGUGCCGCCGCCUUCUACGCGCCCGGCCCGCUGCCCCCAGGCCGCGGCGGCGAGCACUACAGCGGAGACUCGGACGCGUCCAGCCCGCGCUCCAACUGUUCCGACGGCAUGAUGGACUACAGCGGCCCCCUGAGCGGCGCUCGGCGGCGGAACUGCUAUGAAGGCGCCUACUACAGCGAGGCGCCCAGCGAGCCCAGGCCCGGGAAGAGUGCGGCCGUGUCGAGCCUAGACUGCCUGUCCAGCAUCGUGGAGCGCAUCUCCACCGAGAGCCCCGCAGCACCCGCGCUCCUGCUGGCCGACGUGCCGCCGGAGUCGCCCCCGCGCCCGCAAGAGGCGACCGCCCAGAGCGAGGGCGAGCGUGGCGCCCCCACCCCGUCCCCGGACACCGCCCCGCAGUGCCCGGCGGGCGCGAACCCCAACCCGAUCUACCAGGUGCUCUGAGGGGGCGGGCGGCCGAGUCGAAGGACUCAGCUGCCCACCCUCCCGAGGGAUGGUGCCCCUAGGGUCCCUCGCGCCCAGAAGAUUGAGCUUAAAUGCCCCCCUCCAACAGCGCUUUAAAAGCGACCCCUCCCGAGGCGGGAGAAGCAGAACUGGAGUGUGUUUCCUUCCCCCGCCUCCCUCCCCUAAGGCAAGGACAUAGUCCGUUUUGCCUCGCGGCACCCUUCCUGGAGACCCGCUGCGAUGGUCGCUGGUCGCUCUGGGUUCCUCUUCCUUGCCCCCUUCCCCAUGGGGGAGGGGUGAGACCCUCGCAGACUUAAGCCCCACCCCUAGACAAACCGUUUGUUUGAACUGGGGCGGGGGCGCGGGCGCCCUCUCCUUUUGGGAGCCCUUGCGACAUCCACUCAGGUGCACUCCAGUCCCGAGUGUAGCAGGUGUAACCGUAACCCACCCCCACUCCGUCCCCCGGUUCAGGACCACUUUUUGUAAUACUUUUGUAAUCUAUUCCUGUAAAUAAGUGUUGCUUUGCCAGAGCAGGAGCCCCUAGGGCAGUAUUUAUCUCUGAGGCAUGGUGUGUGGUGCAGCAGGGACUUUGUACGUUUAUACGGCAGGCGGGCGAGCCGCGGGCGCUCGCGCAGGUGUUCCGAAUAAAGACGCUAAUUUAUA